AUGUCUUUUUCGACGGCUGCUUCGGGCUCGGGCUUGGGCUCAGGCUCAGGCUCAGCUGUUUCGGGUUCAGCUGCUUCAACUUUGGCUGUUUCGGGCUCGGCUGCUUCCACUUUGGCUGCUCCCACUUUGGCUGUUAAAGCAACAUCGGUACCAGCGGCAGCAACAGCACUAACUACUCCAAAAAAACGUACCCUAUCGGACCGUCUACAAGCAAACGGCGCAUCCAUAUCAGACCUCGAACCUUUUGAAGACCACCAGGAAAUGAUCAACGCGGUAAUAUCCGUCUUGCAGUGCCCAGAGGAAAAAACAAACGUUGCAGAAAUUUAUGCCAACAACAAAAACUCAGCAACAGAAAUCCAGGCUUAUGCAAAGAUUGCCGGAAAAGACUGGACUUAUUAUGUUAAAUCAUUGGCCGUCUCAAUUGGAAGAAACACAGAUACCGGUGGUGUCAAUGGCCAAAUCAUUGGCGGUGGCGGCGGCGGCGGUGGCGUCGGCGGAGGCAGCACCACUACUGGUGCAGCAAUCUCAAUAAUCGAUAUAGAUUUGGGGCCCGCGAAAAUUGUAAGUAGACUGCAUGCAACAAUCACCUACAAUCUUGAUCUUAGGUGCUGGGAACUCAAAGUGUCAGGAAGAAAUGGUGCAAGAAUCGAUGGCCGUAAAGUAAAUGUUGGUUCCCAAGAAGUGAAUGCGUUGCAUUCAGGCGCUAUUUUGGAUGUUGGAGGUACUCAAAUGAUGUUCAUAUUACCUGACUCGCCUCCAAUGGUUGUACCCAAGAUGCUAGAAAAAUGCCUCGCAAAGUAUAGAGAAAGGAAGAAUAAAAAGAAAAUCGGCAAUACCGCCGCUACAAACGCUUCUGUGGGUGUCGUCGCGGAAACACCAUCAAACAAUGGCAACUUUGGUGGUAUAAGAAAUUUCGGUAUGGGUGAAAAUGGACCACCUAACUUGAAUCACUCUCCAACUUCGGUGUUGGCCAUCUCAUUACAAUCGGAAAUAGAUAAGGAUCUAUCUAAGGAAGACUCAAAGGAUAUCAAACCGCCAUAUAGUUAUGCCACAAUGAUCACCCAGGCCAUCUUAUCAAAUCCAAUGGGAGUGAUGUCCCUUUCUGAUAUUUACAAUUGGAUAUCAACACGUUAUGCUUAUUACAGACACUCUAAAACUGGCUGGCAAAACUCAAUCAGGCACAACUUAUCCUUGAACAAGGCAUUUGAAAAAGUUCCUAGAAGACCAAAUGAACCAGGUAAAGGUAUGAAGUGGCAAAUCAGUGAAUCAUACAAAGCAGACUUCCUAAGUAAGAUCAAUGAUGGCACGAUUUCGAAAACUAGAAGAGGCUCUUCUGUCUCGCGGCAAUUGAGCUUACAUUUGGCAACUCACAAGCAGUUACCAAGUCCGUCAGCUGCUCAAAAUCAAUUUCAACAACCUUUUCAACAGCAAUUGCAACAACCACCUCGGACAAAUAGUCGUCAGCAGCAGCAGCAGCAGCAGCAACAACAGCAACAGCAACAACAACAACAACAACAACAACAACAACAACAACAACAACAGCAACAACAGCAACAACAACCUCCACCACCACCACCACUUCCACAACAGCAACAACAACCAUUACCAUCAAUACCAUUACAACAACAACAACCUCAGUUACAACCACUACCACAAAACAUGGCAUUCUACGAUCAUCCAAGAUCAGAUUCAAAGAAUUACCAAUACCCAAACAACAAUUCUGGUCAAUCACAUCCACUCAGCUACAUGUCUCAACCAAACGUAUACAUGUCAAACUCUGCCAGACCAUAUCAAUACCAACAACAACAACAACAACAACAACCAGGACAGCAACAGCAACAACUAUCUUCAUUUUAUCUGUCAGUUCAACCGCCACCGCUAAACCAGCACUACCAAAUAAAUGGUGUUAAGCAAUCCAUGUCUAACUACCUGCAUCCUCUUUCCACUGCAUCAUUGAGUCAAAAUUCGUUGAACAACUUACCCAAAACGAAUACAUCCAACAAUAACAGUAACAACAAUAAUUAUAUGCACUCUCGAGAUUCGUCAUAUACUACAUCAAAUAAUUUGCAAGACAUAUCACAGAUGAAUUCAUUCGUAUCGAAUCAAAACGAUUCAUUGUCGUCUAUUCCUUCGGUGCAGUCGAUCACAUCCGUCCCAUCAGUCCCAUCAGUUGCAGUAAAUUCAAGUAUAAGCGGUGGUAACAAUACAACAGCGGAGGUGAUUGCAUCUUUCACUAGUCCCAAGAAAAUAUCUGCAUUGGAAGCAUAUACACCUGAACGUGGUUCUAACAGACAACAUAAACAACCUGUACAACAACAGCAGCAGCAACAACAACAGCAACAACAACAGCAGCAACAGCAGCAACAACAGCAGCAGCAGGAUCAACAACAACAACAGCAGCAACAACAACAAAAUUUGCAGAAACCAGGUGUCAAUAGCACUGAAGCUGCAAUUAAUGGAAAAGUUUCAACUGCGUCACAAGUGCAGCAGAAUUACCAGGCUCAGCAGCAGCAGCAGCAGCAGCAGCAAAAUCAAAAUCAGUCAAGUCCUGCAUUUUGGAAUUUUGUUCAAUUCAGUACCCCUAAUGGGCCACAAUCACCUUUGAGAAAACAAAGUGUCGAUGGAAGUAGUGGUAAUAAUAGUGACGAAGGGAGUAACAGUAAUGCGGCAAAUAACGGAAGUCCUACUUUGAAUAGAAAGAACCAUGGUGGUUCUAAUGCGGGAGCUAGUACUAAAAAUGUGAAAACAGCAACAACAGCAACAACAACUCAAACAAAUGAUGGUACCUCUCCUUUCAAAAAGGACCAACAAGCGGGAAUGGUUGAUUCGUAA